AUGAGGCUGCCAAUUGGAUGGCAACACAACACAGCACAUAGUCACACCCGAUCUGGCUACACCCAGUUUUUUGCCAAAAAGCUAUUACAAAGGGUCAACUAUGCAGACAGUAGCUGCCCGGCAGAAGCCGACUUCUUGCUACUCAGCGCCAGCUGCGCGCUAAUCCUUAGCAUAGCCUACGCACAUCCGCCCGAAGGUGUGUGGAAAAAGAAGCUUACGUGGAAGGAGGAUUGGGUGCAGGUGUGGAAGACAGUGAAAAAAGAGGCAUGGGAAACCAAAUGGAAGAAGGUUUCGGUGCCAAUAUGGAAGGAGGUUCAGGUGCCCGUUUGGAAGGAGGAACAAGUGCCCGACUGGAAAAUAGUCAAGAAGCCCAAAAUUGAGGAACGCGAAGUGCCCGCUUGGAAGGACAUCAAAGUACCCGAGUGGAAGAAGAUAACGAAACCCAUCUGGGUGCCCACAAAAGUGGCCGUUUGGAAGGAAAUCAAGGUGCCCAUCUGGAAGGAAAUCCAAGUGCCGUUCUGGAAGGAAAUUCAGGUGCCAGUGUGGAAGGAAGUACAGGUUGCAGACUGGAAGCAAAUGUUUGAGCCUCAAUGGGUGAAAAUGGGCAUACCUGGCGAAAAGUUCCUGGGCAAAGAUCACGAGGGUUGGGAGUACACCAGUCACGAUCUGUGGCGCAAGAAGCUCAUCUGGAAGCCAGUGUGGAAGAAAGUGUGGCGCACUGAAAAGAAACAGGAAUGGCGCACCGAGAAGAAGCAGGAAUGGCGCACCGAAAAGGUGCAGGAAUGGAAAACCGAGAAAGUGCAAGAGUGGAAGCAAGACAAGAAACUUGAAUGGAAGGAUGAAUGGAUACAAGUGUGGAAGAACUCCAAGAAGCAAAUCUGGAUCAAGGAGAAACGCGAAACAUGGGUAGAGGAGAAGGUACAGAUCUGGCGCACCGAAAAGAAACAAGUCUGGGCCACCGAAAAGAAGCAGGCGUGGAAGGAUGAAUGGCAAUCGGUGCAGGUGCCCGUCUGGAAGGAGGUCAAGGUUCAAGAAUGGAAAAAGGUCUGGAAGCCAGUGUGGGAAAAGGUCUGGGUGCCAAUCAGCCAUGGUCACGGACAUGGCUGGGACUAAGCAGCAGGCGCUUCCCUCCAACAAUCUCGCAAACUAUGCGACAGCACUGAU